AUGAGGUUCGGGCGGACGCUGAAGUUGGCGACAUACGGCCCAUGGAAGGACCAAUACAUCGACUACGCCAAGCUCAAGAAGCUGCUGCGGGACGACGAGAGUGCUCCAUCUUCACCUUCCACCGAGACCAAAGACGAGUGGACCGAAGAUGAUGAAGGGGCAUUCGUGGAUGAGCUGGUGAACAAGCAGUUGGAGAAGGUGCAUGCCUUCCACAAGCAGACGUACGAUAAGCUCAGAGACCGGACGGCAGCAUGCGAAGCAAAGCUCGACGAUGUUGCUGUGGCCGACGUGAAGCAGGAUGGGGAGGCAGAGGCGGACAAGCCACAGACGAACGGCAAUGGCAAGCAACCGGUGCCUAGCGAGGGGGACCAGCAGAAGGUUUUGAAUGAAGUCCUGAGCGAGCUGGACAAGAUCACCAAAGAGAUGAGCCAGCUGGAGAAGUACAGUCGCAUCAACUACACCGGCUUUCUCAAGGCCGCAAAGAAACAUGACCGCAAGCGUGGGACUUCGUACCGUGUCCGGCCUCUGCUGCAAGUGCGACUGGCAGUACUCCCCUUUAACAAGGAGGAUUACAGCCCGCUGCUCUACCGGCUGAGUGCCAUGUACAGCUUCAUUCGGCAACACCUUACCGAUGGCUCAAAAGCUGCGGACAGCCGGGGCAAGAGUAUGCAUGAGACUCAUCCUGGCAAGGAGGAGUAUGUCUCGCACAAGUUCUGGGUGCAUCCGGAGAAUUUGCUGGAGGUGAAGACUAUGAUCCUGCGGCGGUUGCCAGUCCUGGUGUACAACCCGCAGACGAGCAAGAUCGCGGAGGGCAAUGUGCCAGACCCAAGCAUCACCAGCAUCUACUUCGACAAUCCCAGCUUCAGCCUGUACAGCAACAAGGUCGACGAUGGCGAAGCUUCCAGCUUGAGGCUGCGAUGGUACGGUCAGCUGGAUCAGCGUCCGCCAAUCUGGGUCGAAAAGAAGACUGUGCAUCACGACGAAGAUGGCCUUAGCCGGGAAGCUAGACUGACAACGAAGGAGAAAUACGUGCAGCGCUUCGUGAAGGGCGAAUAUCACAUGGAGAAGCAGAUCAAGAAGCUGGAAGAUCGUGCUGGGCCGGACAGCGAGCCAGUCCAGUCUCUGAAAAGUAGCGUCGACGAGGUUCAGUCAUUCAUCAAAGAGAACGACCUUCAGCCUGUCCUUCGUGCAAACUACACCCGAACAGCCUUUCAGAUUCCAGGCGACGACCGCGUCCGUAUCAGCCUCGAUACCGACCUCGCCUUCAUCCGCGAAGACGCUCUAGACGUCGACCGGCCCUGCCGUGACCCGGAGAGCUGGCAUCGGACCGACAUUGAUAGCCAAAAGCUUUCGUACCCUUUCACAUCCAUCCGCAAAGGCGAGGUUAGCCGCUUCCCUUUCGCCCUGCUCGAGAUUAAACUUCGCAACGACGGUCGCAGCCGCAAGAGUGAAUGGAUUCAGGAUAUCAUGCACAGUCAUCUUGUCAAGGAGGCACCUCGAUUCAGCAAAUUCGUUCAUGGCGUUGCUCAACUCUUCGAGGACUACGUCAACACCUUUCCCUUCUGGCUCUCUGAAAUGGAGACCGACAUCCGCCGCGACCCUCACCAAGCUUUCGAAGAAGAACAAGCGCGCCGUCGUAAAGAAGCAGAGGACGAGUUCGCUGUCGGCUCAUUGCUCCGUAGUCCGGCAAUGCACACCACGCAUAAAAGUCCUGGUCAACAACCAACUCUAAGCCCCAUCGGCUCUCCCACCCGCACCGACACCAAUCGCUCCGCAAGUCUCUACGGCUCCCACCCCGCCUCCAGACUCGGCACGUCAGCCGUCACAGCAGACCGCAGCAUGCUGCAGAGCGGCCAAGACGACAUCGCCGAAGAACCGGACGAAGACGAAACCGGCACCAACACGCACGGCACCGAGCGCCCCAUCGACUACGGCACCCUCUCCGGCAUCAAAUCCCUCCUCCCCACCGUCUCCACCUCAAAGUACGCCGCGCACCGCCGCCGCCAACUCCCUCCCGGCGUCACCAAGCCCGAUUUCUGGAUCAAAGACCAAGGCGACGUCAAGGUCGAAGGCAAAGUCUGGCUCGCGAAUCAGCGGACUUUUAUCAAAUGGCAGCACGUCUCUGUCCUGCUCGCCUCGUUAUCUCUGGGGCUGUACAAUGCAGCAGGCGAGAACAACACCGUCGCCCGCGCGUUGGCGAUUGUGUACACGCUCGUAGCGAUCUUCGCAGGAUUGUGGGGAUAUGGGGUCUAUAUGUGGCGGGUCAGUCUGAUUGAGCGGAGGAGUGGGAAGGAUUUCGAUGCUGUGGCGGGCCCGGUGGUGGUUUGUUUGGGGUUGAUCGUGGCGCUGGUGUUGAAUUUUGCGUUCAAGUAUCGGGCUGUGAUGGAGGAACGGCGGAAUGGGGGAAGUGAUGCGGCGAUGGGCCUGAAUGGUAGCUAUCAUCAAGAGCUGCUAUGA